GACUCUGCUCGCGGCCCUUAGCAACGGGCCCUCUUUCGACCCGCGGCCUAUGGCGGCCGUCGCGAACCCCACCGUCUUCCUCCUCAUGGUCAGCGGGCAAAUCGAGAGCGCUCAGUUCCCGGAGUUUGACGACCUCUACUGCAAAUACUGCUUUGUGUAUGGUCAUGACUGGGCCCCCACCUCGGGUUUGGAAGAAGGAAUCUCACAGAUCACUUCUAAGAACAGAGGCUAUCAGCCAAACCUCGUAUGGAAUUUCCCCAUUGACAUCACCUUCAAAAGCACCAACCCUUUUGGAUGGCCUCAGAUAGUCUUAAGCGUGUAUGGCCCUGAUGUUUUUGGCAACGAUGUAGUUCGAGGCUAUGGAGCUGUCCAUGUUCCUUUUACACCCGGAAGCCAUAAAAGAACAAUCCCAAUGUUUGUUCCAGAAUCUACAUCAAUGCUGCAGAAAUUUACAAGUUGGCUCAUGGGACGACGGCCAGAGUUCAUUGACCCCAAAGUGGUGGCACGGGGAGAGGGCCGGGAAGUGACCCGAGUGCGAUCACAAGGCUUUGUGACUCUCUCUUUCAACGUGGUGACCAAGGAUAUGAAGAAGCUGGGCUACGAAGUGAGCUCUGCCGCUAUGCCCAACCCUGCAGCAGCCUCAAUGGGAGAUGGCCUUCACAGAUACUAAAGCUGAGGACGCCUGGGCUUGGCCUCUAUUUAACAGCUCUCUUACACCAGCAAAGUAUUUUAACAGGGCAGUCUCACAGCCACUCAAUUUUACCGGAAUUCUUCUGUAUGGUGGGAGGAGAGAUUUUGGAGCAUCAGUUACUGUAAGCAAUAAUAAUGCAUCAACAUUGACUGACAAAGUAGGUGUGUUUUAGUUUAUGUCUUCUCAUGUGACAAGCUCCUUGCAGUUAAGAAAAUUCAAGUAUCAGGGAGCAAGGAUCUGUCCAGCUCUCUUGCAAGUUGUAGUUUAAAUGGGCAUGGAGGGCAGUUAAAAUGGUUACUCUACAUUGUGCCCUGCAGAAUAAAGGCACAGGUUCACCUACAAUUUCUAGCUCCAUAAUAUCUUUUAGGGUGAGGAGAUGGAUGAAUUAUCACUAUUCCCCAACCCUCUGGCCAUUCUGUAUUCCAGUUAUCCCAGAGUAGGAUCGCUCACAGUAUUUGUACUUGUGAUAAAGAAAUAUAGGAAGGAGCUACAGAAUUGCUCCUCUCUGCACAAAACUGGCUCAAGGCAUUUCUGACCUGGCAGGAGGCACAGUCUCCUUCACCUGUUACUGUUUCCCCUCAAAGCAGCAUGCCUGUAGAUCCCCCAAAUAUGGUCACAAUUAUUGCUGGCCCUUAAGGCUAAGCUAGUACAAAGCUAUUGCUUUGACUCUUUUCCAUCUGUUAUGUGCAUAGGGUAUCUACUUGUUAACCUUUUAACAUGUUUGGAUGGAUAUAAUCACCUGCAGCAGCUGAGUGAUAGGGGAAAGAGAUUAGAGGGCAGCCACCUGAGCAUAAGGUACAAAGAAACCAGUAUCAGUACAUGAGUGUGUGCAUGUUGUUUACAAGAUGUUACAUGACCCCUAAGCCACAUAAAAAGUCAUGUAGUACAUUCAAUGGUUCCUAUAUCUACACAGGUGCUAUGUACAUUCUCACAGAAUUCAGAGCCGUCCAAAAAGGGAACAUACUUAACUUCACAACUGCUAAAAAUUUAAAUAAAGUUCUUUGCCUGUUGCUCACA